AUGGAUCGCUGGCGGGGCCGGGUGGCGGUGGUGACUGGCGCCAGCGCGGGCAUCGGCGCCGCCGUGGUGCGCGCCCUGCUCCGGCACGGCGUCACCGUCGUGGGCGUCGCCCGGCGCGCCGACAGGGUCCAGUUGUGUACCAACAGCUGGGAAAUCCCAGGCAUAGAGUGCGUGCUUGUGAGACGUUGGAGUGAAUCAUUCGGUGGCCAGUGGUCGGUAGUGGCGGUUGGGAUGCGGUCCAAAAAUGCCGACAAGAAGAAUAAAUGGUUUGAAAGUGAUAAGAGGAAAGAGUUGCGACACUUUCAGGAAAUUGCCACGACCCACUCGUACCCUGGCAAGCUGCACGCAGUAGAAGCGGACCUGAGCAAGGAGGGGGACAUACAGGCGGCCUUUCGCUGGCUAGAGGAUAACCUCGGCCGCGUCGACAUCCUGGUCAACAACGCUGGCGUCUUCUCUGACUCUCAGCUUACAGAGGGCAGCACGGAGGAGUUCCGCCGCAUGCUGGAGGUGAACGUGCUGGGGCUGACGCUGUACACCAAGGAGGACGUUAACCUGAUGCGCGCCAAGGGCAUCGACGACGGCCACAUCGUCAACAUCGGCAACGUGGCGGGCCACUGGACACCCCUCAUGUCGGAGGGCGCUUUCUACUUCGGCACCAAGCACGCGGUCAGGGUGCUGUCCGAGGGCCUGCGCCGAGAGUUCCUCCAGCGAGACUCCAGGAUGAGGGUCACUGUGCACGAGAUGAUGGCGAUGCCGGUCAAACAGAAGCACCUGAGCGAACUGUAG